AUUAACCAAUGCCCAGAUAUGUUCAUGUGUAUAUAUAAUAUCUGCCAACAAAUUCCUUCAUUUCUCUAAAUCAAAAAUCAAUGCAAAAAAGAUGUCCACCACCAUUGUAACACCGCCAUUUUUUCUUCACUGCUCCCUCAAUAGCCGGAGAAACGCACAUGUUGAUGCAUAUUCCAAAAAGGCCACUUCUUUUUGCUUGAAUUUCGCCGGGAGCCCAUUUCCCGGUGGCCGGAAAUUAACUCCGUCGUCAUUGGCACUCAGAGCUCCGCCACUUCCCCGUAGACCGCUCACCCUCAGAGCUAGCACCUCCGCUGAUACCGCCGUAGUUGAAACAGCUGAUCAAUCCAGCGACGUUUGUUUUAGGGAAACAUUCUUGCUUAAACGACCCGUCAAAGUUGAGGGAAAGAUAACAAUCAGACUAGUAAAUGGGACAGAUGAAGAAAAUUGGCAGCUUUCUGUGGGUUGUAGUCUACCAGGGAAGUGGGUUCUUCACUGGGGUGUUACUUACAUAGGUGAUGUUGGCAGGUCUGAUUCUUCUGGUACUUUGCUGAAUUCGAUUCUUCUGGUACUUUGCUGAAUGUUAGUUGAUAGAUUUUAUGCAAUGGAUGCAAGCUAUUCAGAAGUCUUUUCCAUUUCCCUUCCUUUAUUUUUUAAUGGAGUAAAAGGAAAGGCUAUAUGUAAAUGGUUUCUUCCAUUUGUUCAAUGAAGCAUUAUAUGUAGGAUGAACUCUGUGGUGUCCCAACUUUUCUUCCAUUCUGAAUCAUUAUAAUUCUAAAGUUGACUGCUCUAUGUUUUACAUAAUGCAGUGAGUGGGAUCAGCCCCCUGUGGAGAUGAUUCCUGCUGGUUCCAUAACCGUUAAGGUGCGUUGAUUUCUUUAAUAUUUCUCUAGCUUAAUCCACGCUCUUACAUGUUUACUUUAUAUAUGGAUUUUUAUUACAGGAUUAUGCCAUUGAAUCUCCUCUAAAAAAGUCCAUGCUGACAGAAGGAGAAGAUUUUUAUGAGGUAACAAUUGACUUCAACACUAAAAGCUCAAUUGCAGCUAUAAACUUUGUAUUGAAGGAUGAAGACAGUGGAUCUUGGUAUCAGCAUCGAGGAAGAGAUUUCAAAGUGCCUUUGACUGAAUUUGUUCGGGAUGAUGACAACGUUGUAGGAACCAAAACAGGCUUUGGUAUAUGGCCAGGUUAUUUAACUACUCACCCUACAUCAAUUACAGCAUCUGUCUGUUUUGUUCUACUUAAAUGUUCUGUCCGACAUGUUUCCUGUUUUUUCUUUUCUUCUGAAACACAUCAUUCAUCGGUGAUUGAUUUGGUUGAUCUUUGUCUUUACCUCCGAGCAUUGGUAGGUGUCUGAUGAAGUUGGCGCAUUGAUUAUUAUGAUAGCAUCUUAUACUGAACCUAGAUAGGAGUGGGACCUGGAACAUUUGAAAAUUUAUAUGUAUGUUUCAAUGAUACCUUUUAUUACAAACAAGUUGUGAAAGAAUGUUUGAGCUUCCUUCUAGAUUUGUUUUGUUUAUUUUCAAAAGAUAGUUGGUCCUCUGUAUCAAUCUGGGGCACUUUCCUGAAUGAAAUAUGUUUUUCCUUUCAUGUCAGGAGCUUUGGGACACCUGUCAAACAUACUUCUGAAGUCCGAAGGUUCUGAUAUGCAGGAGGAAAAUGGAAAUAAUGAAGUGAAAGCUGAAAAACUGCAAAAUAGUUGCCUCGAAGGUUUUUAUGAAGAACAUUCUGUAGUCAAAGAAACUCUUGUUGAUAAUUCAGUUACCGUUUCUGUCAGGCAAUGCCCAGAGACAGCCAAGAACAUUGUGUCUUUGGAAACUGAUUUACCGGGAGAUGUAAUUGUUCACUGGGGAGUCUGCAAGGGUGAGGGUAGAAUGUGGGAGCUCCCGGAGAAGCCCUAUCCAUCUGAAACAGCAUUAUUCAAGAAUAAGGCUUUGAGGACUCUGUUGAAGCGACAUGAGGGUCAAAGUGGUUCUUCAGGAUCAUUUGCUUUGGAUUUCGACCUCACAGGUUUUGUAUUUGUGCUUAAGCUAGAUGAAAAUACAUGGUUGAACUCGAUGGGAAAAGACUUCUAUGUUCCCCUUGCUGGUUAUAGUGCAGCAAAUAACCAGGAUAGUGAGACCCGAUCUGGUAAUGUUUCUCAAAAAGAUGAAACAAUCACAGCAUAUACUGAUGGAAUCAUCAAUGAGAUAAGAAACUUGGUAAAUGGUAUUUCCUCACAAAAAACUAAGACCUCAAAAAACAUAGAAGUUCAAGAAAGCAUUCUUCAAGAGAUUGAGAAACUUGCAGCAGAAGCUUAUAGCAUUUUCAGAGCUUCUGUUCCAUCUUUUACGGAAGAUGUAGUAUCAGAUGUGAGGCCUCCGGUCAAAAUAUCUUCCGGGACUGGUUCCGGAUUUGAAAUUUUAUGUCAAGGGUUCAACUGGGAGUCCCAUAAAUCUGGUAGAUGGUACACAGAGCUUCAUGAAAGAGCUGCAGAGUUAUCUUCACUGGGUUUUACUGUUGUCUGGUUGCCUCCACCCACGGAUUCUGUGUCACCUGAAGGGUACAUGCCGAGAGAUUUAUACAAUUUGAACUCCAGGUACGGAAAUAUUGAUGAGUUGAAGUCUCUUGUGAAGAAAUUCCAUGAAGUUGGCAUCAAAGUCCUUGGAGAUGUUGUUCUGAACCAUCGUUGCGCUCAGUUUAAAAAUCAGAAUGGUGUUUGGAAUAUCUUUGGAGGUCGAUUGAACUGGGAUGAUCGAGCAGUUGUUGCUGAUGAUCCACAUUUCCAGGGAAGAGGUAAUAAAAGUAGUGGUGACAAUUUCCAUGCUGCACCAAACAUUGAUCAUUCACAAGAAUUUGUGAGAAAGGACAUCAAAGAAUGGCUGUGCUGGCUAAGGGAUGAAAUUGGAUAUGAUGGGUGGAGGCUUGAUUUUGUACGGGGUUUUUGGGGCGGUUAUGUCAAGGACUACCUUGACGCAAGUGAACCCUACUUUGCUGUAGGAGAGUACUGGGACUCACUCAGUUAUACCUACGGAGAAAUGGAUCACAAUCAGGAUGCACAUAGACAGAGAAUUGUUGAUUGGAUUAAUGCCACCGGUGGAAGUGCUAGUGCAUUUGAUGUGACAACCAAAGGAGUGCUUCAUGCAGCACUUGAAAGAUGUGAAUACUGGCGAUUAUCAGACGAUAAAGGCAAACCUCCUGGAGUAGUUGGUUGGUGGCCAUCUCGUGCUAUUACUUUUAUAGAGAAUCACGAUACAGGUUCUACGCAGGGUCAUUGGAGAUUUCCAGGGGGAAAGGAAAUGCAAGGAUAUGCUUACAUCCUUACUCAUCCUGGGACGCCGUCUGUGUUUUAUGAUCACAUUGUUUCCGAUUACCGGUCUGAAAUAUCUGCACUCAUCUCCUUGAGAAACAGAAACAAGAUUCACUGCCGAAGUACUAUACAAAUAGCCAAAGCAGAAAGGGAUGUCUAUGCUGCAAUUAUUGAUGACAAGGUGGCAAUGAAAAUUGGACCAGGUCACUACGAGCCCCAAACCGGGGCAAAAUGGUCUUUAGCAAUUGAGGGUAACAACUACAGAGUGUGGGAAACAUCAUGAUAGCAUACAUGGUUGCUUUCUUUCAUUCACAUAUAAAAUGGAAAACGGUUGUAUAUGGAAGAACAUUAGUCGUGUCGUCGAAAAUAGUGUACAGAGAUACACCUUGGCAUACAAAUUGGAGUAGAUAUGGAGCUACAUUCUCUGAACUGAAGUACCACAACUGUGUUAUCCCCCUAGUAGCAUUUCCUUCAGAACUGAAAAGAGAGCAAUUAUAUGGCACUCUGAUUUUUACCACUCACCGCAUACUGGUGGUCUGCGUUUACAUAACAAAUUGUAUAGAUCAUGCUGUAUCAUAGUUUAAUAAAUCUACCAAUAUCUGCUCAGUCCAAUAUCAUAAUGUUCUGAGAUAGAUAUGCUGUGAAGUAGAACAUCAUACUAUGUUUAAGGAGAAGAGGCAGUUCAGCUGCAUUAUUUUUUGUAUGGAAGAGACAUCAAGUAUGAAAGACCUUGUGGUCGAUACCUUAUUAACAUCUCCAAGUCUUUGUUUGCAAAAUUAGUCUUUGCCGACUCAUUGGCGGAAUUCCGAAUGUCAUUCUUCCCACAGCUAUUGAUUUGGUAUAAAAUCUCGUCGACUUUGGCUAAGAAUGGGAAGGACUUACAUAUUGUUUUCAUGGGAGCUUUCAUGGUAAACAGGCCAUACUUUGAAAUGCUCUGCAUUCUUUGGAGUACUUUAAGAUGUAACGAAGGCAACACCAGAGAAACGCUUAGCUUCUACAAAUAUCGCGGCAACGCCACCAGUUCGGUUAACCUCAAUAAAC